UAUUCUGUAGAUGCAGAGAAAAUCACCAACUUGUUACAGUUGCCACAAUAUUUUGAUUUGGAAAUCUACACAACAGGGAGAUUAGAAAAGCAUUUGGAUGCCUUAUUACGACAGAUCCGGGAUAUUGUAGAAAAGCACACAGACACUGAUGUUUUGGAAGCUUGUUCUAGAACUUACCAUGCCCUCUGCAAUGAGGAGUUCACCAUCUUUAACAGAGUAGAUAUUGCAAGAAGCCAGCUAAUAGAUGAACUAGCUGAUAAAUUCAACCGGCUUCUUGAAGAUUUUCUGCAGGAGGGCGAAGAACCUGAUGAAGAUGAUGCAUAUCAGGUCUUAUCAACAUUAAAACGAAUUUCUGCUUUUCACAAUGCACAUGACCUGUCAAGGUGGGACUUGUUUAGUUGUAACUACAAGUUACUAAAAACAGGCAUUGAGAAUGGAGAUAUGCCUGAACAGAUAGUUAUUCACGCACUGCAGUGUACUCACUAUGUAAUCCUCUGGCAGCUAGCAAAAGUAGCUGAGAGCAGUUCUACAAAGGAGGACCUUCUACGCUUAAAGAAACAGAUGAGAGUUUUUUGUCAAAUCUGUCAGCACUACCUUACCAAUGUAAAUACUGCUGUUAAAGAACAGGCCUUCACUAUUUUGUGCGAUGUGUUAAUGAUCUUCAGCCAUCAGAUCAUGUCAGGAGGACGUGACAUGUUAGAGCCAUUAGUUUACACUCCCGAUUCUUCCUUACAGUCUGAACUCCUGAGUUUUAUUCUUGAUCAUGUCUUUAUUGACCAGGAUGACGAUAGCAACAGCGCAGAUGGACAGCAGGAUGAUGAAGCUAGUAAGAUAGAAGCUUUGCACAAAAGAAGAAAUUUGCUUGCGGCUUUUUGUAAACUUAUUGUGUAUACCGUGGUGGAAAUGAACACUGCUGCAGAUAUUUUUAAGCAAUAUAUGAAGUAUUACAACGACUACGGAGAUAUCAUCAAAGAAACAAUGAGUAAAACGAGGCAAAUAGACAAAAUUCAGUGUGCAAAGACCUUGAUUCUCAGUUUACAGCAGCUUUUCAAUGAGAUGAUCCAAGAAAAUGGAUAUAAUUUUGAUAGAUCGUCGCCAUCUUUCAGUGGUAUUAAGGAACUGGCUCGGCGCUUUGCUUUAACAUUUGGGCUCGAUCAGCUGAAAACAAGAGAAGCCAUUGCUAUGUUACACAAAGAUGGUAUAGAGUUUGCUUUUAAAGAGCCCAACCCACAAGGAGAAAGCCAUCCACCUUUAAAUAUGGCAUUUCUUGAUAUAUUGAGUGAAUUCUCUUCCAAACUUCUCAGGCAAGACAAAAAAACAGUGUAUGCUUAUCUGGAGAAGUUCAUGACCUUUCAGAUGUCUCUUCGAAGAGAAGAUGUGUGGCUCCCACUCAUGUCUUACAGGAAUUCUUUGCUAGCUGGGGGAGAUGACGACACAAUGUCAGUCAUCAGUGGGAUUAGCAAUCGAGGGUCUACAGUAAGGAACAAGAAGACAAAACCAGCCACAGGGAAGCGGAAACUUCCUGAAGCUGAGGAAAGCAGCAGCAGCGACAGCAUGUGGAUGAACAGGGAGCAGAGCAUGCACACGCCCAUCAUGCUGCAGGCGCCGCAGCUCACCUCCACCAUCAUGAGGGAGCCCAAACGAUUGAGGCCGGAAGAGAACUACAUGGGCGUCUACCCCAUGCAAGCCGAGCACCAUCAGCCGCCCAUCGACUACAACACGCAGGUAACAUGGAUGCUGGCUCAGAGACAGCAGGAGGAAGCAGCCAGGCAGCAGCAGGAGAGGGCAGCUAUGAACUACGUGAAGCUGAGAACCAACUUGCAGCACGCCAUCCGACGUGGCACUAGUCUCAUGGAGGACGAUGAAGAGCCCAUUGUCGAAGAUGUGAUGAUGUCAUCAGAAGGGCGCAUCGAGGAUCUCAACGAAGGCAUGGACUUUGAUACCAUGGACAUAGACCUACCGCCGUCAAAGAACAGAAGGGAAAGAACAGAGUUAAAGCCAGAUUUCUUUGACCCAGCAUCAAUCAUGGAUGAAUCUGUACUUGGGGUAUCAAUGUUUUAAUACUAGUUCAGCAAAUAACUCCGUGGUAAAGUCAUUUUCUACUGUGGAAGAGGAGAUUUUUAAAUUAAAAAAGUGUAGAUACAGUGAUAUUCUGAACAAGAUUUUUUUCUCUAAGGAGAAUGGUGUGUGCUUACACGAUCCAGUACAUUGAAGGGGCAGUUUUCUUUGCCUGAAAGAAUAAAGGACAAGUAAACGACUUGAGGAUAAGCUAUUGUUGGGAAACCAGUAUUUUAUUUAUACAACGUUUAGUUUGUUUCCAACUCAUAGUAUAAAUAUCACUUAAAAAAUAAUCCUAGCAUCAAAGAGGUGCGUAGUGUAUGCACUUCUGUCAUCUGUUGAACAUACGCAAGCAAUUACGUUUUUUUUUUCUAGAUUAUCCUUGAAAGCAUCAGGUGAAAAUAAAACGGGGCGAUUUGAUUUUUGAGGUUUUGAAAUCUGUGUAAUUAGAUGAAAGAAAGCAUUUUUGAUGUGAUGUUUAAAUUCUGGUCCACAGAAACUUUACUUUGGUUGUGAUAAUCAUGGAAAUAAAUUACGAGUGAUUUUUUUUUAUUCAGAAAUUAUUAUAGAAUAUUAAAAAAAAAAGAAACAACACAUGCCAAGGCUUCCUUGUUACAUAUUCAUGAAAUAUCCAAGAAUCAUAAACUGCCAGAGAGCACUGAUAUUUCAGCUUACCUAUCUCUAACCCUAAGAGUUUGCUUGUCCUUUAAGAAAAGCAAAUGUAAUAUUGUGAGAUUCCUUCCAGUAGUGCCACUGUAUUUUGUCUCCAAAUAAGCUUAUUGUAGUAUGUUUGCAGAAAAAAAAAAUUCUAAACAAAAAUAUACAGCUUAUUAGAGUGUGGGAAUAGGGGUCUAAAUUUUAAAUAAAAAGUAUAAAUAUAUAUAUAUAUAUAAAAAAUUGGUGCUGAUUUUAUAAUUGCGCAGUUUUAGUUUUUUCUUACUUUUAAAUUCCAACUUAAAAAAUUAUGAGGUUUCAGAAAUAUAUUGAAAGUUUAACAAUGUUUAAAAAAUAGAUUUAAGCAUGAGAAUUUCAUGCUUUAAAAUGAUUUUUAAAUUUGUAUUUUAUAUUGUUUUAUCUAUCUCUGUCUUUGCAAGCAGUCUUCAGGUUAAUGAUACUUCUAACAGGUUACAGGACAUUUCUUCUGUAUGUAAAUUGAAUUGGGUAAUAGAACUUCAUCAGUACCCCAUAAUAUUCUUUGAAAGCUAAGCUUUAAAUGAAUUUCAUUGCUUCUUUUUCACAAUUAAAUUAAAAAUAAAAAUUAAAACCCAUGGAUUUAUGUCAUUUCAACGUAAUUCAUUUUGCCAUCCUUAGGCAGCUAGACAACAUUUAAAGGAAAUAUUAACUUAUAACACAAAUGUAUAUUUUUGUCAGUUGUCUCUCAGUUCUUGAGGUAUAUUAUUUCUAAUCAUUCCAUGCGCCUUAAUAUGCUUGCAAUAUGAUAAUUUCCUCAAAUAAGCAAAUAGAAGAACCUCUUAGACAAAAGGAAAAAAAAAUUAAUCAAAGCUUGGGCUGUGGUAGCCAUAAACCAUAGAUUCUCUAAAGGAUCCCGAUAACAUAAUUAUUUUGAAAAUCAUGACGUAAUACACAGAGCCAGUUUUGCAUAACUCCAUUUUGCAUAAAUAUUCACAUGUCUAAAAUACUGCCUAUAUUUCUUUUCUUUUUUUCCUCUCCUCCUUUACACCACUGCGUUUAAAUAGAACUGCUGAGAGGACUGUAUAUAUGAUUUUGUUGAUUUUUUUUCUCUUACUCUUGAAGGAGUGUUUCUUUGUGAAAGCAGUUCUUACAGCUUUAUGUUUUCAGACUAAAAAUGUUUUAUAUAUUUACCUUUAACCUGUUGUCCUCCACAUUCUAUCGUCCUAAUUGUACUGUUUUCUGAUUUGUAUUUAUGUCUUGAGACAAGUAACUUUUUGAAUAAAAAUAAACCUACAGUAUGUUGUAAGUUUGAUCUUUUUGAAUCAAAGGUAGAGGAAGAAAAUAAAAGUGUGAAUGGUAUAAAAAAAUGUUAUGUUUAUAAGAAUUAAAGCUUUUUCCAUG